AUCAGUCUACCACACAGUCAUCCCAUUGGACACUCAGGACAUUCCUCCACUGCGGCAAAAGAAAUGAAAGACCUAUACACGAUGGGAUCUUCUGAUCGAAGCUAUGAGUCCUCUUCGAUGAGCAGCGUCAGUGGCAUGAGCAACAUCAGCAGCAACAACCACGACUUAAUCACUGACAAGAACAUGGAGUUUAUCUGGUGGAUUGCCAACCGCUUGACCAGCUACGACGAAGAGAUGCACAAGGAAAUCCUUGAUGAUUUCUUCACCGAUGACGCCAACACACCGCAUACAUACGAUGGCCUUCGGCCAUGCCAUAUAUAUCCAUCCUGCGCUUACCAUUGAAGGCAAAUACAACAUUCGAAAAGUCUUUCGGGUGUGGACCUCAUUAAACAAGGAUGAGCCCGAAGUCACCAAUAUCGUCUUUGAUGGACACACCGCUAUAAUCUCUUUGGUUCAGAACCUGCGACCGCGACUCUUUCCACUGCUGCAUCUUCAAGUGCCCGCGACGACCACACUGCACUUCCGCGACUCGCCCAUCGGACCGAUGAUCUACAGUCACCAGGACUCCUGGACCCUCGAGGGUAUUGUGCAGAGUAUGCCACUUCUUGGUUGGUGGUACGACCACGUCGUCCGAAAUGUUCUUGGAUCAGUACUUACGAGCGCAGGAGGUUUCUUGCAUACCGCCAACCAGACCACUGGCUACCUGCAGUUCCGAGCGGAGGAAGUCCAAAAAAUCUCGACCGAGAUUAUCGAAAAGUCCAGUGCAGAGAUUCAACAGCGAUCGCGGGAAAUGACCCUGAAAGCGCAGACGAUGGUUGAUCAGGCCAAGGACACUGUUGAAAAGCGUGUCGCUACAGCAAGGGAGGAAGUGACGAGAAUGCGACAGAUGAUGAGGCCACAGGUCAACACCAAAGCGAUUACUGGCACCGAGAGCCGGGCCUAAAAACGGCCGUCGCCAUCCAUAUUCCACAUGUUUUAUGCAUUUCUUUUCAAACACCAUACAUGCUGUCAUUUCCGUUGAUACCCGCUACUCCCACGUCGAUCGAUUCUCUAUUCGCACAUUAUCCACUCACAUAAGGUCCUUAUGAAGCAGAUACAAGUAUAUAUACCCUUCCUUUCCAUGAAAUAAGAUAUGAGUAUACUGGCGGCAACACCAUGGUCCAUUGAAGUAUGAAGUAUGAAUCCCUGCACGGCCAGCUUUCGCUUCUAGCUUGUCGGCCCUUUUGAUCAAGAAUAAUCUCGAUUUGCCUGUUACG